CUCACCCACCUCCUCUGCGGCUGUCGUGUGCCCCGAUUGUACUCGUCUUUUCCCUCGUGGAGGAAAACGGACUCACUAGGCUGAGGAAAAUGCCAGUUAUCUGGAUGUGACCGUGAAAAGAGAACGUGUGACUGGAGGAGGCAGAAGAGGAGGAAAAGCAUUAUUUGAAGAGAAGAAUAAACCAGGCAUCCCAACCCUUCUGCAAAUUAGUGCUAUUACUUCUGGGGUCCAUCUGCUUUUAUUCCCCCCUCCCCCUCCACUAAGAAACCUUGACUUGAGGGCCAAGAGACAGCCCCCUACAACUGGGCUCCCUUCUGGGUUGGAAGACCUUUUGGAUGUAGCGUUGGUGGAACGUUUAGACACUGUCCUUUGGAAAAGCCACCAUGAAUUCGGUAGCUGGGAAUAAAGAGAGGCUUGCAGUCUCCACCAGGGGCAAGAAAUACGGGGUGAAUGAAGUCUGCUCGCCCACCAAGCCCGCGUCGCCCUUCUCCCCUGAGAGCUGGUACCGGAAAGCGUACGAAGAGUCGCGCUCCGGGAGCCGGCCCACUCCCGAGGGCGCGGGCUCGGCGCUCGGCUCGUCGGGGACCCCGUCCCCCGGCUCGGGCACCUCGUCCCCGAGCUCCUUCACGGGCUCCCCGGGCCCCGCCUCCCCGGGCAUUGGCACCAGCUCGCCGGGCUCUCUGGGCGGCUCGCCAGGCUUCGGCACGGGCUCCCCGGGCUCGGGCAGCGGCGGCGGCUCCUCCCCUGGAUCGGACCGCGGCGUCUGGUGCGAGAAUUGCAACGCCCGCCUGGUGGAGCUGAAGAGGCAGGCUCUGAAGCUGCUCCUCCCGGGACCCUUCCCGGGCAAGGACCCUGCUUUCUCGGCUGUGAUUCAUGACAAGCUCCAGGUCCCCAACACUAUCCGGAAGGCAUGGAAUGACAGGGACAACCGCUGUGACAUUUGUGCCACACACCUGAACCAGCUGAAGCAGGAGGCCAUUCAGAUGGUGCUGACCCUGGAACAGGCAGCUGGCAGUGAGCACUUUGACGGCUCCCCUGGCUCCCCCCCACCCCUCUCCAACAUCCCCGCUCUGGUGGGGUCCCGGCAUGUGGGGGGGCUCCAGCAGCCCAGGGAUUGGGCCUUUGUGCCCGCCUCCUAUGCCUCCUCCAACUACACAGCCUUCGUCACCAACAAGCAUAGCAGCAAACCCAGCAGCCUCGGGGUCAGCAAUGGGGCGGAGAAGAAGAGUGGGUCUCCAACCCACCAGGCCAAGGUCAGCCUCCAGAUGGCCACCAGUCCCAGCAAUGGGAACAUCCUCAACUCAGUGGCCAUCCAGGCCCACCAAUACCUGGAUGGCACCUGGUCCCUGUCAAGGACCAACGGGGUCACCCUGUACCCCUACCAGAUCUCCCAGCUGAUGACAGAGCCUGGGCGGGAAGGCCUGACAGAGGCGGCGCUGAAUCGCUACAAUGCGGACAAGCCUUCGGCCUGCAGCGUCCCCGCCUCGCAGGGCUCCUGCGUGGCCAGCGAGACCUCCACGGGCACCUCGGUGGCUGCAUCCUUCUUCGCCAGAGCUGCCCAGAAGUUAAAUCUGUCUUCUAAAAAGAAGAAACAUCGGCCUUCCGCUUCUUCUGUUGCCGAGCCACCUCUCUUUGCCACCAGCUUCAGCGGCAUUCUGCAGAUGUCCCCGCCCCCGGCCCCGCCCUGCCUGCUGAGGGCCGUGAACAAGGUGAAGGACACCCCAGGCCUGGGCAAGGUGAAAGUCAUGCUUCGCAUCUGUUCCACGUUGGCUCGAGAUACCUCCGAAUCCAGCUCUUUCUUAAAGGUGGACCCACGGAAGAAGCAAAUCACCUUGUAUGACCCCCUGACGUGUGGAGGUCUAAAUGCCUUCCAAAAGAGAGGGAACCAAGUUCCUCCUAAGAUGUUUGCCUUUGAUGCAGUUUUUCCACAAGAUGCUUCUCAGGCUGAAGUGUGUGCUGGGACCGUGGCGGAGGUGAUCCAGUCUGUGGUCAACGGGGCAGAUGGCUGUGUGUUCUGUUUUGGCCACGCCAAGCUCGGAAAAUCCUACACCAUGAUUGGAAAAGACGAUUCCAUGCAGAACCUUGGCAUCAUCCCCUGUGCCAUCUCUUGGCUCUUCAAGCUGAUAAAUGAACGGAAAGAAAAGACUGGAGCUCGUUUCUCAGUGCGGAUCUCAGCCGUAGAGGUGUGGGGCAAGGAAGAGAACCUUCGGGACCUGCUGUCGGAGGUGGCCACUGGCAGCCUGCAGGAUGGCCAGUCCCCGGGCGUGUACCUGUGUGAGGACCCCAUCUGUGGCACGCAGCUGCAGAACCAGAGUGAGCUGCGGGCACCCACCGCGGAGAAGGCCGCCUUCUUCCUGGAUGCCGCCAUCGCCUCCCGGCGGGGCAACCAGCAGGACUGCGACGAGGACGACCUCCGCAACUCCCACAUGCUCUUCACGCUGCACAUCUACCAGUACCGCAUGGAGAAGAGCGGCAAGGGGGGAAUGUCUGGAGGCCGCAGCCGCCUGCACCUCAUUGAUCUUGGCAGCUGCGUGAAAGCUCUUAGCAAAAAUCGGGAAGGAGGCUCAGGGCUGUGCCUCUCACUGUCCGCUCUAGGCAAUGUCAUCCUGGCUCUCGUCAAUGGCAGCAAACACAUCCCAUACAAAGAAAGCAAGCUCACCAUGCUGCUGCGGGAGUCCCUGGGGAACGUGAACUGCCGCACCACCAUGAUCGCUCACAUCUCGGCCGCCGCCGGGAACUACGCCGAAACCUUGUCCACCAUCCAGAUCGCCUCAAGAGUCUUGAGGAUGAAGAAAAAGAAAACGAAGUACACGUCGAGCUCCUCUGGGGGAGAGAGCUCCUGUGAGGAAGGCAGAAUGCGCAGGCCCACCCAGCUGAGACCCUUCCACACCAGGGCCACCGUAGAGUCAGACUUCCCCAUCGCUCACCUGUCCAGCGACCCCGACUACUCCUCCAGCAGCGAGCAGUCCUGCGACACGGUCAUCUACAUUGGGCCAAACGGCACGGCCCUCUCUGACAAGGAGCUCACCGACAAUGAGGGGCCCCCAGACUUUGUCCCUAUCGUGCCAGCGCUGCAGAAGGCCAGGGGUGACAGCCGGUCCACGGAGGCUGGAGAGGCUGCAGCCAGCAAAUCAGAAAGGGACUGCUUGAAGUGCAACACAUUCGCUGAGCUGCAGGAGAGACUAGAUUGCAUCGACGGCAGCGAGGAACCGAGCAAGUUCCCUUUCGAAGAGCUGCCCGCCCGGUUUGGAGCAGAGCAGGCAAGCAAGAGUGUCCCAUUAAGCCAAGUAGCUGGGGCAAGCCCACUCUGUGAGUCUGAUAAGGAAGAUGAUGGGUCAGACAGCCAGCUGACAGACACAGAAGGCACUGAGCCCCCGGCCUCCAAGGUGCAGAGGAAUCACUCCCCCAUCCCUGCCGCGCUGCUCACCAACAGCCCCACCCCUGCCUCACCCAGGAGCAUCCCAGGCAGCAGCAGCCAGCACGGUUCUUCCCAGCUCAUGCAGAGCCCCAGCCUCCAGAGCAGCCGGGAAAGCCUGAACUCCUGUGGCUUCGUGGAAGGCAAGCCCAGGCCGAUGGGCUCCCCCAGGCUGGGCAUCGCCAGCCUGUCCAAGACCUCAGAGUACAAGCCGGCCAGCUCUCCCUCCCAGAGAUGCAAAGUCUACACCCAGAAGGGUGUCCUGCCUUCUCCUGCCCCCCUGCCCACCUUGAGCAAGGAUUCAGGCAUGGUAUCUAGUGAGUCCCUGCUACAGCCUGAGGUACGUACCCCCCCAGUCGGAAUGAGCCCCCAGGUUUUGAAGAAAUCCAUGUCUACUGGGAGCGAAGGGUUUCCAGAAAGCCCUGUGGAUGACGAACAUCAGGCAGCAACUUCUCCAGAUUCCAAGAAGGAGAUACGGAGCACCACGAUGGUGACAGUGCAGCAGCCCCUGGAGCUGAACGGUGAGGACGAGCUGGUGUUCACGCUGGUGGAGGAGCUGACCAUCAGCGGGGUCCUGGACAGCGGCCGUCCCACCAGCAUCAUCAGCUUCAACAGCGACUGUUCGGUGCAGGCCUUGGCCUCAGGCUCCCGGCCCGUCAGCAUCAUCGGCAGCAUCAGCGAGGACCUGGAGUGCUACUCAAACGUGGCUCCUGUCUCCGAGGUCAGCAUCACGCAGUUCUUGCCCCUCCCAAAGCUGAACCUGGACGAGAAGGCCCGGGAGGCAGGGAGCAGGCGUUCCUCCAUCAGCUCCUGGCUGAGUGAGAUGAGCACAGGCAGUGACGGUGAGCAGCCAUGCCGCAGCUUCAUAGCCCAGACGUGUUUCGGGCACGGGGAAGCAAUGGCAGACCCUCCGGCCUCCGACUUUGUCAGCGGCAUCCAGAACACGGCCGUGGUGUGCCGAGACAAGCCCAAGGCCGGCCCCGACAAUCUGCUCAUCUUGUCUGAAGUGGGAGAAGACUCCUUCAACAAAGCAACCCCCAUCAAAGGCUGCAAGAUAUCCACACUGGGCAAGGCCAUGGUCACCAUCUCCAAUACGGCCAGUCUGAGCAACUGCGAAGGGUACAUCCCCAUGAAGACCAACAUUACAGUUUACCCCUGCAUCGCCAUGAGCCCCCGGAAUGUCCAAGAGCCCGAGGUGUCCCUUGCCACCGUCAGCUCAGUCCCCAAAGCAGCCCCAUCUCAGGAGAGCAAGGAAAGGGGUGCCAAGAAAGAGAUGAAAUUUGAAGAUCCCUGGCUGAAACGAGAAGAGGAGGUAAAAAAAGAGAAUGUUUAUCCCAACGAAGAAGGGAUUAGGUACGAGACUGCCGCAGGCCCCCCAAAGCCUGAGGCCAGAGCAGAACAGGACAGGAAGGCCAGCCCCGGCGACAGGCUGAGCAGCAGCAGCAGUGAGGUAUCUGCCUCCCCAGUGGCCGAGAACUUCAGGAGGGUCGUGGAUGGCUGUGAGAUGGCCCUGCCCAGUGUGGCUGCCCAGAGCCCUGCGCAUCUCAACAAAAGCCUGAAGUCGAGCAGCCUUCCCAGGGCUUUUCAGAAAGCCAGCAGGCAGGAGGAGCUGGACAGCCUCUUCUACCACUGCGCCGCUGAGACCAAUGACAUGGGCUCAGCUUCCGGCACCCAGCCCUCCAAGGCCACCCUGGAGAGGAAGGUGGCGUCACCCAAGCACUGUGUCCUGGCUCGGCCCAAAGGGACUCCCCCGCUGCCCCCUGUCCGAAAGUCCAGCUUGGACCAGAAGAACCGGGCCAGCCCCCAGCACAGCGCCUGCAGCAGCAGCUCCAGCAGCCCCUUGAACCAACCAGCGCCCUUCCUGGCCAGCUUCCCGGACGAGCCCAGUGGCAAGAUGAAGGAUGCCAGUAGCAGCAGCAAGCUCUUCAGCGCCAAACUGGAGCAGCUGGCCAGCAGGACCAACUCUCUCGGCAGGACAACAGUCAGCCACUACGAAUGCCUCUCGCUGGAGAGGGCCGAGAGCCUGUCCUCCAUGAGCUCCCGGCUGCACGCGGGCAAGGACAGCACCAUGCCCCGCACGGGGAGGAGCCCGGGCCGCAGCGCCGGGGCCUCGCCCACCAACCCGGGCCCCACGCCGGCGGCCGGGGCCUCGCCCAAGGCCAGCCAGUCCAAGAUCUCCGCCGUGAGCAAGCUGCUCCUGGCCAGCCCCAAGGCCCGCAGCCUGUCCACCUCCACCACCAAGACCCUGAGCUUCUCCACCAAGUCCCUGCCGCAGGCGGUGGGCCAGAGCUCCGGGCCGCCCGCCGGCGGGAAGCACAUGUCCUGGUCCACCCAGUCGCUGAGCCGGAGCCGGGGCUCGGGCCUGGCGUCCAAGCUGCCGCUGCGGGCGGUGAACGGGCGCAUCUCGGAGCUGCUGCAGGGCGGGGCGGGCCCGCGGGGGCCGCCGGGGCGCGCGGGGCCCGAGGCCGAGGAGCGCGCGGCCCCCGCCGCCGACGAGCGCCCGCCGUCCGCCGCCCCGCUGCCUUCGCCCUACAGCAAGGUCACGCCGCCGCGCAGGCCCCACCGCUGCAGCAGCGGCCACGGCAGCGACAACAGCAGCGUGCUGAGCGGGGAGCUGCCGCCCGCCAUGGGCAAGACGGCGCUCUUCUACCACAGCGGUGGCAGCAGCGGCUACGAGAGCGUGAUGCGCGACAGCGAGGCCACCGGCAGCGCCUCGUCCGCCCAGGACUCCAUGAGCGAGAACAGCAGCUCCGUGGGCGGGCGCUGCCGCAGCCUCAAAGCCCCGAAGAGGCGCGCCAACCCAGGUUCCCAGAGACGGAGGCUCAUCCCGGCGCUGUCCCUGGACACCCCCUCCCCGGUGAGAAAACCCGCCAACAGCGCAGGGGUCCGCUGGGUGGACGGCCCCUUGCGCAGCACCCAGAGGGGCCUCGGGGAACCUUUUGAGAUUAAAGUCUAUGAAAUCGACGACGUGGAGCGGCUGCAGCGGCGACGAGGGGGCAGCAACAAGGAGGUCAUGUGCUUUAAUGCUAAACUGAAAAUUCUGGAGCAUCGCCAGCAGAGAAUCGCCGAGGUCCGAGCCAAGUACGAGUGGCUGAUGAAGGAGCUGGAGACCACGAAGCAGUAUCUGAUGCUGGAUCCCAACAAGUGGCUCAGUGAAUUUGACUUGGAGCAGGUUCUGGAGCUGGAUUCCCUGGAGUACCUGGAAGCGCUGGAGUGCGUGACGGAGCGCCUGGAGAGCCGCGUCAACUUCUGCAAGGCGCACCUCAUGAUGAUCACCUGCUUCGACAUCACCUCCCGGCGCCGCUGACGGCGGCCCACGCCCGGCCGGCCCUCGCUCCCGGUCCGCAGGCAGCCGCGCUCGGCGGGCCCUCGGUGCUGGCGGCGCUCAGAGACCACGGAAGGAGGACGAAGGUCGGUGGCAAGUCUGGAGUGAGCGUGCAGCGGAAGGCGAUUUUUCUUUUGUUUUCUGUAGGAAAGGUGCAGACACCAAACAUGCAGGAGAGGAGAAAAUGAUAGGAAUCCCAAGGGACGUGGAAGCCCCCGUGAGACUGAAAAAGCACUUUGAGGAACUUUAAAGAACUCGUUUGUACAUAAGAACUGCUGGCAAAAGAGACCUCACUCUUCUCCUGGUUUGUGAGAGAGGGCGAGGGUGGAUGUGGGAUUGCUGUGGAAAGCUAAAACAAAACAACGACAAGUUACCCCGAAUGACUGAUUAAGUGCCUUGCAAAUCUUUAUUAUCCAAACAUUUAUGUUCAUACUUUCUUGUGUACAGAUGGUGCUAGUCCAGAUGAAAACAACAAAACGAACAAAAAAGAAAAUCAAACCCAUUUUUGCACUGUAUUUACAGCUCGUUUUCUCUUGGUGUUUUAUCCUAUUUCUGACUUGCUGUUUCUAAGUAAUUUGUGUUUGUAGAGCUGUUUCCUAAUCAGUAUUGCAUAUGAAUAAAUGUUACCUGUCUGCUAUGGUUCUGCUGGGAAGGCCACUCAAACAGAAGAUAGAGACUUCCAGGCACAAGCCAGUGUUUCCAAAGAAGGUUGGAAGAGCAGGUGAUGCUUGAUGCCACCUCCUGCAAGUGGCAGGGUCAGCAGGCAGACUCGGAGGUUGAUCAUGGAGCAGG